AUAGCACCAUUCUCUGCAAACAUCCUCGCCCACAGGUCCACUGGGAAGACAGGCCAACCCAGAGGUGUCAGAGGAGGAGCUUGGCAACCUAUGAGAUGCAAGAUAACCAGAAGAAACCUACCAUUUUGAGCAGCAAUAAACAAAGAGCGGUGCAGGGUGUUUACAACUAAGAGGAGUUGGACGAAUAAGGAAUGCAGCCGAUUGUGUGCAAUUCUCCAUGCUUGAAACUUCCAGGAGCUUCUCGUUGCAGCACAGUUGGCAGAAAGGUAACAGACAACCGGAAAAGGAAGGAGAGGAAAAUGAGAGAAAAGCCAAAGAAGGGAAGGAAGAAAUGCAGGACAAAAAGCCAGCACCUAGACGAUGCCACGGAGAUCAACAUCUUGAGGAUGGUCGAUGUAUCAAGCAAGGAAAAUCAGAAGAAAGUGAGGGGUCGGCAGGGGGAGAUGACUCAAGAAAGACUAGGAAGGAGGAAAAGGCCGCCAGAUGAAAUCCAGACCAAGGAAGACGACAUCCAGGAAACAUUCCAAGCUCAAAAGGUAUAAAGACUUGAUACCUGUUUUGGAGAUCCUGUGUUUAAUAGGGGUUUUGUUUUUUUGCCAUCUUCAAGGUUGAGAAAAUAGCUGCUGUGUUUAAAGCUAAGUUGGGGUAAUGGAGAACAAGGGGCUCCUGCUCACCCACAUCCCAGUUGUGCAAACACUCUGGGGCAAAAGACUCGUUUUUGGAACCAUUUUUCAACAUGUGUGAGGAUGGAGCAAUAUAGGAUUGUGUGUGCGCAUGAGUGUGCAGAUACGCUCAGUUUCCAGGAUCUCCCUUUGCCCGUCUAUUUUUGAGGGUGUGAGGGAACAUACAAAUUGGCACCACUUGCUUCCUAAAAGCAGCAUGUAUGUGGAGGCCUGCAGGCACCUCCCAUUUACUGUGCUUACUUAUUCUUCUUCUUAUUAUUAUUAAUUGCCACCUUUCACCAUAAAGUCCCAGGGCAGAAAAAUCCAAUAUGAAAACCUGCCUAAGCCAUCUGGAAUCAGAAGCAUAAGGUGGGUCCUAAUACAUAUGCAUAUUAUAAGGGCCACCACUCCUGCCCGCUCUGCUCACCAUCUGCCAAACCGCCUUCCCCUACACCUGGCCAAACCCCCUCCUUUUACACCGCACCCACUCCAUCGUCUAUCCCCUCAAAGUUUGCCCCAAGCCCCGCAUCUGUACCAACCCCCAUAAUUCCUUAAUAUUAGUCAUGCUGGCUGGGGCUGAUGAGAAUUGGAGUCCAUUAAAUACCUGGUAGGCCCUUGGCUCUCCAUCCUUGGAUUAAGGUAUCCCAGACAAAUUAUUAGGCAUGGUCUCUCCUCUUCAGAGGCCACAUAGGUAAAGGUAAAGGACCUGGAUGUUUAAGUCCAGUCAAAGGUGACUAUGGGGUGCAGCGCUCAUCUCACUUUUCAAGCCAAGAGAGCCAGCGUUUGUCCACAGACAGCUUUUCCAAGUCACGUGGCCAGCAGGACUAAACCACUUUUGGCGCAAUGGGACACCAGGACAAGGUCCAGAGUACACGGAAACGCCAUUUACCUUCCCGCCACAGCCGUACCUAUUUAGCUACUUGUGCUGGUAUGCUUUCGAACUGCUAGGUUGGCAGGAGCUGGAACAGAGCAACGGAAGCUCACCCCAUCAUGCGGAUUUGAACUACCAAACUUCCAACUGGCAAGCCCAGGAGGCUCAGUGGUUUAGACCACAGCACCACCCUCAUAGGAGUCCACCCCAAGCCACGUAGUCCAGUGGUACUCCACAUUCUUAGGCAGAGUUGUUGUGGCUGGUGCCCUUUGGGACUCGUAGGGUGGAAGGCAGGGAGUCCCACAGUAGGUGGUGCCAGAUCAAAUGAUUGGUGGAGCCAACAUGUUCUAGUUUUGUCCCCAUCCUACUUCCUGUUGAGUUCUGCAGGGGCAGCACUAAGACUGAGGAGGAGGAAGCUGACAGGCAGGGCCACCCACUGGGAUAGUUGUCAGUAAAGAAGGCAGGCAGGUGAAAGCCAGCAGGAGGCAGCUGCAGGUUGGUAGGGCAGGGCCUCAUUUGCCCUAAUGGACCAGCCUCCACUGGAUACACAAGGAAACAGGAUAUAGAAACAGUGAGGCCAAGCUCCUUCCAGGAGGAAAGUGUAGUAGGUGUGUGUGUGUGUGUGUGUGGAAUAGGAACAGGGAGGGAAGGGGUGAGAACAACCGGCAGGCUCAGAAGUGAGCUAACAGCAGCAAAAUGUUCUCUCUUUUUCUUAUUUAAGUGUAUAUGCCACAAAACAAGCUCAAAGUGUCUGACAACAGAACCACGAAAAUGCAAAUCAAUGCAUCAUUACAAUAUCACAUUAGAUACUAAAUUACUUUGAAACGUAAUGUGGUGGUCCAGAAAAUAACUCAGUCUGGCAGUCCAAGUUGAAAAUUAUUUAUCUGAUUUUAUUACAGUGGUACCUCGGGUUACAUACGCUUCAGGUUACAUACACUUCAAGUUACAGACUCUGCUAACCCAGAAAUAGUACCUCGGGUUAAGAACUUUGCUUCAGGAUGAGAAUAGAAAUCGUGCUCCGGCAGCACAGCGGCAGCAGGAGGCCCCAUUAGCUAAAGUGGUGCUUCAGGUUAAGAACAGUUUCAGGUUAAGAACGGACCUCCGGAACGAAUUAAGUACUUAACCCGAGGUACCACUGUACUGUGCUUUAGAAUUCCCAUGACCUAUCCUGCCACUUUGUGGUGAAGGGAGAAUAACAAAACGAGGUGCACCGGGUUCUAUCAAACAUCAGGGAGGCCUGUCACCCGUCCAACAGGGCCCAUCACACCCUCUGAAAAGCCCAACAGGGCCCACCCAGCUGCAGAAUAUGGAGGGGGCCUGCCCCCUCAUUGAAAAUUGGGGUGCUCUCCCCGCCAGGCUCCCCCAUAGAUGGAGUGCCUGAAGAAACGUAUAUAAUAACCCUACUUACCUGGGAAUAAGCUUAACUGAAUUCAGUAGGACUUCCUUCUGAACAGACAUGAUUAGGAUUGCACUGUAGAUAUUUAAGGUUUUGCUUUAUUUUUUGUUUUGCAAAAGACUGAAGGUGCUUGGAACUAUGAGGGCAACUGCAUCAGACUAGGGCUGCAGAAAUCUUGAUUCUAAUCCCUGCUCAACCCAGAAGCUCACUGGGUAUCUAUGGGCUAAUCAACUCUUGUCCUAGCCCACCUCACAAGGUUGUUGUGAGGAUAACAUAAAGUGGGAAGGAAGAGGACAAUGUAAGCUCUUUUGUGGAAAUGCAGGACAUCAAUGCAACGGGUACAUCAAUAAUGUUGAUAUUCUCUUUUCUUGGUAGGAAUCCCAGACUUCACUGAGUGGCCAAAUUAUCCUCUGCAUCGUCUGCUCAGAAGUAGAAACGGCAAAGAGACUUGUGACGCCUUAAAGAUUACUGUAGCUCAGAAGUUAGCCUCAUUGUGUUCAGUGGGACCUGCUCCCAGGUAAGUGGGUUCUGGAUUGAAGCCAGGGUGAGCAAAUGAAAAAUAGUUUGGGGCUCCUGCACCUUUAAUUGCUGCGCAGAAAACCGGAAUCCCUCUUCUAACCAACCAUUAAAGGUGCAGAAGCCGCACCCUCUUUUUCACCUGACCCCUCUAAUUGCAGACCUUAGAGCACAAGGAUGGAAGAGUGAGGAAAUCCCAACGGAAGAACAGUGGCAAGAAAAACUGAUGAGCUAUGCGGAAUUGGCUAAACUGACAUAGAAACUGCGUGACAAGGACAACCCGACUUCAAGGAAGAAUGGGAACUUUUCACCAACUGUCUAAAAAGACAACAAAAUGAAUUGGACUCCUUGGCAGGUUUUGAAUAAACAUCCACAAAUUUAUUAGUUGAACACAUGACAGAUAAGGCAAGGAUUUGUACAAUUUUAUAACAUGCAAACAACAGUAUGUGCAAAGAAAUCAGAGAGGGGAGCUGAGGGAAGUCCUUGGUGGGGGG